AUGCGUGUCCAUACUACUCUGGGGUCUUUGAUACUCAGCGCUGGCCUUGUCGCCGCUCGUGCUUCUGCUCCUCACCCUCAAUCAACAACAACAACAUCACCAUUGACUAGCGAAACGGAAACCGCAACAGCCGUAGGAUCUGCCACUGUAGAGACCGCCGAGACUACUUCCGCGGCGACUUCUGAAGAGGCUACGAUCAUCGUUAAGUCCGACAGCGCCACAGAAUCUUCCAUUAUCGAGGUUUCGACCUCUGUCGCCGAGGCCUCAAUCCGCACAAUCGAGGACUCAACAACUACGACGACAUCUCCUGCCCAGAGCGUACAGAGUCCACCCAACGGUAAUUUCGAAGACCCUACCCUUGAGCCAUGGGAGUCUACAGGAACCGCAGCAGUGUUGGCCCAGGGAAAUUACUGCCAUGAAAAGUACCAGUGCUCGAGACGUCCAGGACCCUACAGCGGAAACACCGCCAAAAUAUGCCAGCGCAUCGACCUUGAGCAGGGCUACAAAUACACUUUUGCCGCGCAUCUCCGGCAGAGUUGUACUUAUUACAACGCUAAUGAAGGGGAAGACAUUGAUUACAGCCCCAAUAUCAACACGGUUCACCUUUUCAUCGACGGGGUAUCUUUCACAUCCAAGGGAGUUGAUUGGAACAACCAGUGGCACGAAUACUCCGACACCUGUCAAUACACUGGCCCGAGCAUUGGUUCGACGGAUCUUUGUAUUGCUGCCGUCAUGACCCAGGGCGAUAGGUACGAUUUCUAUGUUGAUGGAGUUUCCCUUGUGCGUGGGAAAUCCGUACCUAUCUCCAAAGAGUCAUAA